CCCAUCUAGAAUGCUCGACUCUUCAUGAUUCAAUGACUCCUAGUUACCGACGUAAACAUUGAUUCUAAACCAUAUGAUCGCUCUUGUUACGAUUGCUCGUGAUCAAAUCUACAAUAUGAUGGGAGUUACCCGUUUCUUCUGGAUUAUCAAUUAUUCACGCGAGUAGUAAUUAAAUGCAUAAAGUGCAUAACACGUGUGUCAUCUGAACAACUCAUUUCCGAUGCGAAUAAUCUCGUGACAAUAGUAAUUUCCGCCUCUCAUUUGGAUGUAAUUAAAUCCCUAAUAAUCGUCGCGAUAAUUUCGCUUUAUAUUAAUCUGUUAUCUGGCACAAGAUGUAUUAAUUUGUCCACAAAAAGCGUUAUUUGAUUGAGAAGGCGUGGAAAGAGAAAGGAUAUCCGAUUUGACAUUUAUUUAUUAAGUGUGUAAUCUAACAGCCUUAUGGGCGAGACUUUUCCUUGUUAUUGAUCGUCGUGAUCGAUCAGGAUGUCCGACAACACUCAUAUCAAGGAACAGUGGCAACUUCUACAGAACUUACGAUCCACUGCGGAGGGUCUAUUGAUCGGUGUGUCCAAUGUAUGGAACAUUUACGGUGGCCUAAAUCGGCUGCACAAUGCGAUGGAGAGGAUAUUUAAACAUGGCUGUCGUAUAUUCGAUACCAAUGGUGAACCAGACUGCUGGAUAUUCAUUCAAGGACUGAAUUGGCUUCAGCCGUCUUUAGCAACAUCACCAGUGUUAUCGGAAAAUGAGGAUUAUUUAUCCAAUCUGCCAGUUACAAUAACAUCUAAGAAGGAUAUGUUGUGGCUAUACAAGAGUUUAGAAAGUCAUUCUUUAUCACAUAAGUUAUCAUGGCUUCUAUCAGAUAAGGAACAUUUGCUCUCUUGUCUGGAGCCAUGGGCGUUUCUCUGUCAAGAAAAUUUGGCAGAAGCGACGCUUUUGUAUUUACGAGCAAUCGAGAGGAAUCAGCCUGUAUUGUUCGCAGAAAUCGAUCCUUGUUUAUUUCUGCCAACGUGGACAUCGCCUAAAACAAGUCCCAGACGACAUCGUCGCUCAGCCUCAUAUCCGGUCAAUCUUUCUGGUAUUAAUCAUAUCCUUGUACGAGACCAAAAUGAAAUGGAUCUCAACAGAUACUUGAAAGUUUCGAAGCAGUCUCAGGCUACAAUGCAGUCUGUUACCCAUGAAGUGGACAGCGUUGAAAGUGAAACAACGAAAUCCGUACAAAUUACUACUGACGAUAAUGCGCAAAGUGAGUCCAACAUCAAUAAUGACAUACCUUUGAAAACGUGGAAUAGUUUGCCUGCUUUGAUCAAAAGCCACAAUAGCGCUGCCGUAGAUAAUUCAACCGAGACGGUUCAGAUUUCGCCGAUUAUUCAAGAAAAUAGCGACAGUAGCAACAAAAAUAAUAAUCGCCCUCGUGCAUUGGAAUUAGCGGAGAUCAUUAACGUCAAUUAUUCCGAGUCGAAACAACCCGUCGAUUCCAACACGGAUAGGCUCAUAGCAAAGCCCAAAACACCUAUUAGAAAGACAAGAAGCAGGGCGAAGAUCAAGCAUAAUCAGAGUAAAAAAGUAUCUGAAAAUUCGGAAGCUUAUUCGAGCGUUCAUAGAGAAGAAAUCAAAAACACUAUCGAGGAGUCGCGGCCGAUUGUAACUACGGCGGAAUUGGCGGAGAAGAGAUUCUUGAAGCAACUGGCGAUGCGCAGAAAAACGUCCUUUUUGGUAGGUUCGGCGCCCGAAUUUACGGGUUCAUGGAGUCUCGAAAUAGAGGGUCAGAAGGAUAUCCGUACACCGCGGAAGAGCUUCAUGGAGGACGGCGGCAGUAGCGUGCAACCAAUGGCGACCUGUUAUUUUCCGCGUCCAGUAGAAGGCCAGAGCCUGACUAGUUUCCUAUCUUCGGCACGGUUCUCGCGCGCCCACGAUGCCGAGUUGGAUCGCGAGAAUGCGCACUUCAGCAUCUGCGAGGCGAUGAUUGCCGCUAUCGAGCAAGUCAAAUGCAACCGGCUGCAACAACUGGAUGUCGACGCGGUCGAUGACGAAAGCGACGAGGAGAUCAAUCGGCUCAAGCAACGGAUUCGGCUGCGACGUCGGCAACGCCAGGAGGAGAGAUGUCGGGGUAAAGGCUGGAGCCGUGGUGAUCUGCUAAGCGACGGCAGGACCGAUACAACCACAACCACCGAUCAGAGCGUCAGUCCAUUAUCCACAUCGCCGGAAAAUCCCUCAGAGAGCAUGUCCACGGAGGACUCUGAAUUGGACGAUGAACGGAAGUUGAAAAACGGCGACGCGCUCGCGUCGAGCACAUCGUUGUUCUCGGACACGGAACCGCGCCAGACGAGAUUCGCCACUGAGUCGAUCAUGAGCGAGAGCAGCGUGUCCGCUGAAGGGGUGGCUUUAUCCCUCAUCAGUCGCUUUAAUGAGAAGCAGUUGCCUCGGGCUAGCGAGCUGCAGUGGCUGGUUUCCGAAAAGGAUGCGCCUCAGCGAUUGUUACCUAUGCCAAAGAGUUGGCCGGUCAGUCCCGACGAGAUCGAGAUCGAAGACACGCGGACGAUACCGCUGAGAGGGACGAUCGAAUGGGCCCCGCCACGACCACAGAUCAUUUUCACGCCCCAUCCACCGCCAGUAAGACGAACGUUGAUAGCGAAGCAGAAUUAUAGAUGCGCAGGUUGUGGCAUGAAAGUCGCCGUGAAAUACGCCAAUCGAUUCCGUUAUUGCGAAUAUCUGGGCCGGUACUUUUGCACGGGCUGCCACACGAAUCAAGUGGCGUUUAUUCCAGGAAAAAUUCUAUCGAAAUGGGAUUUCAACAGAUAUUCCGUGUCGAAUUUUUCGUACAGAUUAUUGGACCAGAUGAUGUCGGAUCCGCUGUUCCAAGUGAACGAUUUGAAUCCGCUGUUGUAUAGACGAAUAAAGCAAUUGGACAAAACGCGAGUUUUGCGCACAAAAUUAUUCUUCUUGAAAGACUUUUUGCUCACGUGUCGAUUCGCGAGCAGUUUUCAAAAUAUGCUGAAGAAAGAGCCAGAUUACAUCAUAAGCGAUCCGCACGUAUACUCAAUUCAAGAUCUAAUAAAUAUCAAGUUUGGCCUGCUGUACGCCAAACUGCAGGAACUCGUUCAAGCUUGUUGCGCGCAUACUGCGGAGUGCGAGCUGUGUCAAGCUAGAGGAUUCGUAUGUGAGUUAUGCUAUUCCAAAGAUGUUAUAUUCCCGUGGGAUUUGUCGAAGGUGAUCCGAUGUGAAAAGUGCGGUGCGUGCUUCCACAUGGAUUGCAAGCAAAACUCUGACAAGCUCGAAUGUCCUCGAUGCGUAAGGUUGCGCGACAGACGAAUUUCAAGGGACGAGAAGCUCUGACGAACGACGAGGGCGUUCUUUGCCAUGUCAUUCAGAAUAGGAUACGUAUAUUGAAUUUAGAAAGCCAUCUUCAAGAGGAGAUUUAUUCUCUCAUCUGUCUCCCUUCCUUUUCUAACGAAAUUUCUCAGACGAUCAAAAUUCUAAAACACUUAAGACAUUUUAUAGAUAUCUUUUAGAUUUCUAUGUUGUCUCCAAGAUAUUGUUAUUAAUUACACUAUUAUGUAAAAAACACAUGCAUAUUCAAGAAAUGAAAAUUCUUGGAUAUACAACUUGUUACAAUAUCGUAAAGUGUUUAUAAUAAUUAGUCAAGUCUGAAUUUAAUUCUAAUUUCUGACAUAUUUGACGUAUGGAGAUGUUAGAUAUACGUUGUAUAUAUAUAUAUAUAUAUAUAUGUAGACGGAUGUUUAGAUUGCAAUAACUUAAUAGAGCGAUAAGGAUUUAUAAGAAAAGGUUAAUACUUUUUUUAUUCCUUGUUGCAUUGUAAGGACAUAACUGAGAAUACAAUUUGUGCCUCAGUCUCGGAAAAAAAAGAAAGUUGGAUGAAUGAGACGUACAUAAUAAUGAAGACUGAAGAAGCAUUGUGAUAUAUUGCAUGUCGGAUUUUUUUUAAACUUGAAAGAACAACUUUAAAAUAGAAAUGUCCUUAGGAUGUUUCUAAGCCUUCUUUGAAAAAAAAUCAAUGUCUUGAAAGAUCCAUUUAUAUCUUAUAUAAUUAGAAUAUAUAUAAUAAUUGAUUUAUUUAAUAAAAUAUAUGAUUUAUAUAUAUAUAUAUAUAUAUAUA